AAACAACUUAGAAAGUUUGCCGGUUUGAACGAGGACUACAUUGAUUAAGCCAACCAGACGAAUCGCUUUUCGCGCGCUUACGGCUUUCGGGCUUUGGGGGGCAUUCACAGUGUCUCAAAAGGCGAUUACAUAUUUCCCCCAGCUAGAAACAUUUUCGGUGACUUUAGCUAGCGGGUUUGCACGUUCCGAGUAUAAAAGUCCAUCUCACCCAUAUAUUCGUCUUUUUCCGACUUUUCAUCGUUACGAGAAGGGUAGAUGUACCCAACGACUUGACCAAUUUUCAUGUCGUCGUCUCGUGAGUCGUUCUCCUUUUCUGCUGCCCGUGGACAUCUUUGGUCUUAAACGUCGUAUGCUUCGGCUCGUAUGUUGAAAACUGCGCCUGAUGUCGAAUGAAGGCGCUAAUCUCGUACAUCGACUAAAUUGUGCUUAUUGCGUUUAUCUCCUUGGCAUCUGUUUGGCCUGAUGAACUACUCGUGUGAUCCGCCGAAUUUGAUGCGUUAUAUCUACGACAAUAUCAUCGGAAGAGAGAAGAUAUUCCACGGCCCGUUUGGGGAGAGAAGGACUGUUUACUGCGACUGGACAGCCUCCGGGAAAUCGCUUUCAUUUAUCGAGGAAUUCAUCAACACCGAAGUUCUGCCGACAUAUGGGAACACACACACCACGUCGAACGUGACAUCCUUACAAACGACUAUGUUUCGACACGAGGCGAAGAAUAUCAUCCGAAGCGCUGUCCAUGCAUCCGCUGAUGACGCAGUAAUCUUUGUUGGUAGUGGAUGCACCGGAGCAGUUCAUAAACUCAUUCAUAAUUUGAAUUUAGAGCAGCCUCCAAUUGUCAUUGUCGGUCCGUUUGAGCACCACUCUAAUAUACUUCCGUGGCGACACCUGGCAGCAAAGGUUCUGCGCGCUGAAACUGAUUCUUCUGGUACGGUGUCUCUUCGUUCUCUGGAGUCGCUGCUGCAGGCUGAAAGUAUAAGCGCCCAGGAGCUUGGCUGUAAGCUAAUCGUUUGCAUGGCUGCUGCCUCGAAUGUUACCGGCAUUCUAGUGGACGUGAACGCUUUCUCCAGUCUAACUCAUCGAUAUGGUGGUCUUGCGUUCUGGGACUACGCGACCGCAGCGCCGUACGUCGAAAUCGACAUGAAUCCCGUGGUAAAUGAUCCAGAUCGCGAUUACGUACACAAGGAUGCUGUUUACUUCUCAAUGCACAAGUUUAUCGGUGGACCACAGACACCAGGAGUUUUGAUUGCCAAACGAACUUUAUUCAAAGCUGGUGAAUCUCAUCCUAGCUCCUGCGGAGGUGGCACCGUAUUUUUCGUUCGCAGAGAUUAUCAAGUCUACUUGAAAGAUGUAGAAGAACGAGAAGAAGGUGGCACCCCUGCAAUUGUGGAAUCUAUUCGCGCUGGGUUGGUCAUGCAACUGAAGGUUGCGGUGAGUUGCGAUGCGAUCUUGGAACGCGAAGAAAGCUUGGUCAAACGCAUUUGGAAUCGCCUGGCUGGCUGUCCUAAUAUAAUCGUUCUUGGUGGCAAAGAGGCUCCUCGACUUCCUAUUAUCUCUGUGGUAGUGCGUCAUCCUUUUCCAGCUCUUCAUAAUAAUAGAACCAGCCUUUUCGCCGAUUGGCGUGGUUGUCUCUUCCUCCAUCACAACUUCGUAUGUGCACUUCUCAACGAUUUGUUUGGGGUACAGGCCCGCGGAGGCUGCGCAUGUGCAGGGCCCUAUGCGAUGGACUUACUCGGAAUCGAUGAAGCACUGGCGAAGUUGUACGAAGAUGCCUUAGUUGACUGUCAUCUAGGGUCACACAAACACGACCAACUUCUGAACUCACCGCAGCGGGAGUUUAUCAGACCCGGGUUCGCUCGCAUUUCCCUACCGUUUUUCAUACCAGACGAGGAAGCCGAUUACAUUUUGGAUGCUCUGAAGUUCAUCGCUACCUACGGUUGGAUUUUUCUUCCUCUGUACCGGUAUAAUUGCAGCACUGGUGAAUGGAUGCACUAUCAAAAUGAGCCGGAUGAGAACCGUAGGCGGCUUAGUGAUAUGCGUUAUACUGAGGGCAAAAUGACUUGGCCUUCAGUUCCACUAAGAAGCGAUGCUCCAGCUCCUAGUGACUUCCAAGCCUGCUUACAAUUAGCUCAUGAAGAACUUUGCAAAACACUUAAAUUAGUCAAAUCUUCAGCGACCUUCCCGGUUUCGGAUGACAUGGCUUGCUCUGAUGAGUUGGUCCGAGAACUGAGGUGGUUUCUGUUGCCAGUUGAAGCGGCUGCCCAGAUCCGUGAUGAGCUUAACAAAUUGGAAAUUCCUCCUCCUGGUGUUGCACCAUGGCACCCGGGCUCCCUCAGCCCCUGCUUCUGUCCAGAUUUGGAGAAGUUUAUGCUCUAUGGACAAGCCGCUUCAUCACAGCGGUUUUCCAAUGAAUCACGUCCUAGCAAUUCUGUUCACGACGCAAACUUGUAUUCGGGCGCAUCACCACAUUACGAGCAGACCGUCAGGCCUAAUUCAACUCUCCUCGGUUUCUUGGAACCCCCGAAAAUCGACACCAUGGCUCCGGAUACACUGAUAGCAGUUGACUAUCACCCACGUCUGCGAUCGCAGUCGGAAAAUUUAACCUCAACCUUAGAUCGCAAUAUUGUUCCGGUGGGUGCAAGGAGUAAAUCCGCAUCUUCUCAGCAAUUGUCCUCACUCUUGGAAGCGGGACGCCAAAUGGAGCAUGAGCAUAACAUGCAUCUCGUUUUGGCCGGUUGCGGGAACUCACAGCCGAAUGAUCCGGUCGAUGCAGAGGCCGUAUCUGAAAAUGACGACAACAACAGUGCUCACUGCUCCUUAUUUCUCCUCUCCAAGGCAGAAAGCGACCUGGGUGCGCGUCUGCACAUGCUGCCGUUUGGAUCCACUCUGGGAGCAAACUCUGUAGUACUGGACCAUGAGGCCGGUGCCCUCCGAUCAUCGACCUUCCUUAGAACUCCGAAAAGAAAUCGAUAAACGGUUACUCAAUAUUUUACACUUAGUUUCGGGAACUGCAUUCUAAUAACCGGAAAGAUUUGGUACCAGCCCACCUGUUGUUUUAUUCCCGUUUCUCCUCUGCUUCGUGUCUGCGCUGCGAUUACUGACCGGAUGGAAACCUGCUCUUGUGAAGUCUGGAACUGCACGACUAGCUUCCCUUUCCUUCUCGUCACAUUGGCAAUGAGCAGAAAAUGGUAUCUACUUUCUACAGCCUGUGUUCUCUUCUCAAUCUUUUGCAUCCAGUCCUGAUUCCAUAAGCAUUGUCUUAUGCGCCUUUUUAUUACGUACCUCCCCAUUUAUUUCUUAUGAAUUCAUUUGCCGCAAGUCACUCCAAAAAUGGCAUUACCAAUCCACGCGGCUUACUUCUUCAAUGCGCCAUGGCUAGAGAGGGUCCCCUUCUUACUAGCCCAUCUUUUGUAUUCAGUCAUUCUUCUGUUCUCGUUAGCUCAUAAAAAAUGUUUCUUGCAC